UACAGCUCAAUAGUCUCAGCACUGACGCAGUCUAUUGACGUUCUUACACCUGAACCAAAGUAUUUUUACGUUUUGAAAUCACAAUGUUCAUUUGUGACUAAAGGAAAGUAAUAAUUUAUUUGUUUAACGUAUUUUUAGUCAUUAUACUAGUUCAUAUUCAUAUCGUGGUAUUACAACAAUGAGUAUGAUUAAAUCGUGGAUCAUUGUGGUCACUUGUUUUGCCGUCGGUAACUGUGCCGGGGAAAGUAGAAAGAUAGACGAAGUACAGUAUAAAAAUCACCGGACUUCAUCUUUUGGAAAUGAUACGACGCAGAACCAUGCUAUGUUGCAUAAGACGUAUCCAGUGUAUCCGGCGCAGGUGUACGCUAACUUGUCGAACGUAAGGGACUUUGCUCAGCAGCAGACACUGAAGACUACGGAAAUGCCAUCGGACGUGGUGCGAGUGUUCUUCACCGCGACAACCACUGGUAAAAAGAAACCACUUCAGAAUGCUGCCAGUAGUACGACUCCUGUUCCUGUUCCAGCAGCUCCGACUAUAGGUUCCGUUUUCAGGACCGCAGCAUCAUCCCCGUAUAUCGUGACCGCUAGGAACGUCGCGUCAACCGACACCAAAGACUUGCAGCAAUUUAGUCCAAUGUAUUCGGGGUCUCGGUCCGAGGCCGAAGUUAAGUAUGCAACUUCGUCAAUGAACUUCCAAGGAGUGCCAACGGUCAAUGAAAACGAAUCUAGAACCAUACCAAAAUUUAAUGGCUCAAAAAUCAGACGGGUCUUGAAGCCGCAAAACCAGGCAGCGCAGUCACCACUCCUCUCCGCCACCACUACCACCCCGCAAAUUUCACCCUCGUUGGCCAGUAACCAGCGAAAUUUCUCUUCGUUCACGGUUAGCGCCAAGGUGAAUGCGACCACGGUAACAUCAUCGAAACCGUUCGCGACCGUGCUAGUACCCAAACACGUCUUGGAUGGCGGAGUCUUUCAUCAGCAAGAAGACUCGUUCCGUCCUAUUGCGCCUCCGGUAUUCACGCCGUACAAAUCAUCCGGUAUCGCUGUCGACACGAAUAGUAUCGUCGAGAACAGACGGGUGUCGGACGCCGUAGUGAACAACAAGAACCAACCACUCGUGAACCAAGCCAAUGCCGGCACGACCGUGCCGAAGUUGAAAAAUUACGGACACACGAAACCACUCGCGUACAAGGUAGAAGAAUACGUACCAGGUGACGUACAACAAUCCACCAUACCCAAUCACAGUUACGGUAGCGAACAGGACAGGUCUGACCGCUUUUCCGUCAUUGCCGAUAAACGUGACAUCGAAAAUUCGUAUAAACGGGACCACCAUACUGCGUCAUCCUACUAUGAAAACUCGCCGAGAUACGAUAGUCUACCAAAAAAAGUAGAAACUAUGAAAUACGGAUUUGUUGAACCGGUGGUGGAACCACUUAAAAGUGGCAACGGUCCAAUGCAAACCCGUGAAUUCUACCAGGCUACCGAGUGGCCAGCUUCAGUUAAAUACGAAAAAUUCGACGGGAGAUCACCGGCGCUAUCGUCUGGAUUAGUACACACACAAGCAUCGAUGUCGGAACCACCAUCCAAGGAGUACUAUAACGCUCCCCCCGCCAGUUUUCCGACUCAGAGCUAUCCCAAAACGGAAUCCAACGGUCCGGAGUUCGUAAUGGGUGACCUGAACCCCAAGGAUGUAUUGAAAUCACUCCUGCGAGACAUCCUUAAGUCCAAACAAUCGACCGAGAUUAAGCCGAAGACGCCGCCCACCACCAUGGACGAAGUCAUCGAUUCGUUAAUUAGCACCAAUCAACAAAACUCAGAUUACACGUUGCAGGACAGUUUUGAUAUACAAACAGAAAUGAACUGUAAAUUGCGGUCAUCCAAAUACAUAACCGAUGGACAAUGUGUAUCCACUAAACCCGUGGUAGAAGUCGUGUGUGCCAAUCGCUGUCUUGUUGCGGCCAACUCAUUGAGCCAAAGACAUCGAUCUUCUAUGCUUGACAACCAACAGGUGGAAGCUUUGCAAUGCACAGAUGGCGACGUAAAAAUGGUUCGUGUCCAGCUCAAGUGUAGGGACGGCAACAUGUUCAACCAUGUCAUAAAGGUGGUGAGUUCUUGCCAGUGCAAAUUGCAUCCGAAACAACCGCAGAUGAGGAGCAACUUGUUGAGUAGUCCACGUGCCACUAUUAACCCAGACAUCAUGGCUAUCGCCGCUGGUCAAUUCUGAUAACUGGCCGCUUAAAUAUUAUUAUUUAUUAUAAAUUAUUAUUAUAUACUAACAUGUUGUCACAAGUCUAUUACUGUACACUUCGUAUACUGUUUACGGAUCACGCACUUGGCCACAACCAGCCUCGAAAAAUGUAUUUAUUUAUCAAAUUCUAGUCUUAACUCUAAAUAAGAUAAUGUAUUUUCACAGUCAUUGUUUUUGUAUUAUUUAUUUAUUCAAUAAAAUACUUUUCGUACGUUA